AUGUCUUCACCAACGUUCACUAAUUUGAUCCGAUUCCUAGAUGAGUCGUCCGUUAAACAUUAUGGCGAUGUCAUAAAUAGCUCGCUGGAUAGUAUCGUUGGCUCAGUUGUACAGCUCCUGGAAGGUGAGCAGCACGACGUUGCCCAUGUGUUGCCCAGUGUUUUAUUAGCUAAUAAUAUUACUACCUCAAAGUUGCUAUCUCCAGUUCCCUCUACGCCGUUGUUUGUCUGCAUAGGACUGAAUUAUGCGGAUCAUGCGAAAGAAGCCAAUCUGGCAAUCCCACCAAAUCCCGUUAUCUUUACGAAGCCAUCGGAUGCUUUGACAGGUCCAUAUUCAGAUGUCCCAGUCCCCCCUGAAGCAGAGUUGAUGGAUUAUGAGGGAGAGUUAUGUAUAGUCAUCUCAAAGACUGGUAAAAACAUUCCCGAGGACAAAGCCCUCGACUACGUCCUAGGAGUCACGGCGGGAAAUGAUCUCUCCUCGCGCAAAUGGCAGCGACCUCCCUACUCAGGAGGGCAAUUCACCUACGCCAAGUCAUUUGACUACUUCGCUCCAAUUGGACCUACGAUUCUCAAUGGUUCUUUAAUAACCUCCAAUGCUCCGCUCAAGAUCAAGACAACAGUUAACGGUGAAGUUCGGCAAAAUGGAAGCACAAGUGAUAUGCUCUUCAAUAUUGAGAAAAUCAUUGCACAUGCGAGCAGAGGAACGACGCUAAGGCAGGGAACGAUAAUCAUGACUGGAACUCCAGCUGGGAUAGCUGCUAAGUGGCCGGGGCAGCCUUGGCUGAAGGACGGUGACGUUGUUGAGGUUGAUAUUAGUGGUAUUGGUUCUUUGAGGAACAAGCUUGUGUUUGAGAAAGAAUCAUGA